AUGACUAGAUCGUCAUCUACACGACUCUUAGGUGCUAUCAUUUUACUCCUCAUAGCUUCGCUACCGUUCGCCGCCGUGUCAGGGGAUUCGCAGCUGCUCGACGGAGGUGACGCCAAUGCCACAUCCGGCGGCAACCGGACUCGGCCGAAGGAAGACACAUUUGCUGACAUGAUUGAUCGUGCUCUAGAGAAGGAGUUCCCUGAGAAUGAGGAUCAGAACGAAGCAAAUGAUGCAGGUGGCUUCAACAACAGCGUGACAGAGAAGCAGGCAGUUUUGGAGACUGUAGCUAGAGUCAAGACGAAGAAAAAUGAGACAAAAGAUGAAAAAUCCUUUAAGCUUCAUCAUGUUUUCAAUCUGGAUAACGACAAUGGAGUUGAAGAAACUCCUACACUUAUAGAUAGAAAGGACAACGUCUUUAUUAUAUCAAAUUUCAAAUCUAAAUAUCCAGUGCUGCAGUUAGACUUGAGACUUAUAUCAGAUCUGGUUGUUGUCAUUGUGUCUGCAACUUGUGGUGGAAUUGCUUUUGCUUGUGCUGGACAACCGGUUAUUACUGGAUACCUGUUAGCGGGAUCUAUUGUUGGACCUGGUGGUUUCAAUGUAGUCAGUGAAAUGGUGCAAGUCGAGACAGUGGCUCAGUUUGGUGUAGUUUUUCUUCUUUUUGCUCUGGGAUUGGAGUUCUCCACAACAAAGCUUCGAGUUGUUCGAGCAGUUGCAGUUCUUGGAGGCUUACUCCAAAUUCUCCUAUUUAUGUGCCUGUGUGGAAUUAUAUCCUCGUUAUGUGGAGGUAGAGCUUCGGAGGGCGUGUUUAUUGGUGCCUUUCUCUCAAUGUCAUCUACAGCAGUGGUAUAUAAAUUUUUGAUGGAGAAGAACUCUACCAAUGCCCUUCAUGGUCAAGUUACCAUAGGCAUUCUCAUUUUGCAGGACUGUGCUGUGGGGUUACUGUUUGCUCUGCUUCCAGUCCUGGGUGGAACCUCUGGUGUUCUGCAGGGAGCAAUAUCGAUGACUAAAUCGUUGGUGGUGUUGAUCGCUUUUUUGGCUGUUUUAUCAAUAUUGUCGCGGACCUGUGUACCUUGGUUCCUCAAACUUAUGAUUAGCUUGUCAUCACAGACCAAUGAGCUUUAUCAGUUGGCUUCGGUGGCAUUUUGCCUACUUGUAGCUUGGUGUAGUGACAAGCUUGGUCUAAGUUUAGAAUUGGGUUCAUUUGCUGCUGGAGUGAUGAUAUCGACUACGGAUCUCGCUCAACAUACUCUUGAACAAGUUGAACCGAUUCGAAACAUGUUUGCUGCUCUUUUCCUGGCUAGCAUUGGGAUGUUGAUCCAUGUUCAUUUUCUAUGGAAUCAUGUUGAUAUCUUACUUGCAUCAGUUAUAUUAGUGGUUAUUGUUAAAACCGUUGUAAUUUCCGUAGUUGUCAAGGGAUUUGGCUACAACAACAAAACUUCAUUACUUGUUGGUAUGUCUUUAGCACAAAUCGGGGAAUUUGCAUUUGUAUUGCUGAGUCGUGCUUCAAAUCUUCAUCUUGUUGAGAGUAAAGUGUACUUGCUGCUUCUUGGGACAACUGCUCUUAGUCUGGUGACUACUCCGUUGCUUUUCAAGUUAAUUCCUGCAGUUGUACACCUUGGUGUUCUGUUACGGUGGUUCCUACCCGAUAGUCAAAGUGAGCUGGGAUUUAAAGGAGACAAUCUUCGGUCGGACAGUGCUAAGCAGAGGAUUGCUUUGAUAGCCAAGGAUCUCGAUUCGUGA